UUGUUGUAUUUCUUAGUCAGCUGAGUAAUUUCUUAAGCAUCUGAUUAUCACUCGUUAAGUUAAAAUAAUUCUAUUAGAUAUUAAAAUGAUUGUUGAUAUUGAAAAAAGAAAAUUUGUACAUAAUUUAAAUUGACAGCAGAAUAUUUAUAGUACUCAAGAUGUAAAAUAGAGCAAAAGACAUAGUUACAUUUCAUGACCUUCUAAUCAUAAGCGUGAAAAAGGUUGAUUAACUAAUGAUGUCGGUGGAGUCCCGUAAGCGAUGGCAAAAGUGUCUAUAUGAGAAUGCAGAAUACGAUGAUAAUUACACGGAUCCUAGUUUUUUAAAAGAUUUAAAAACAAAUUUGAACGUUCGCUUCUUCACUUUUGAGGAGGCUAUUAAGGGCAUCACUCGGCUAAAUAAUCAAAUUUCAUGUAUAACCAUAUUCUUGGUUAUUUUUUAUAUGCUUUAUAGUGAGUUGGUUACACCAUCUGACGUUUUGGUAGUAACUGGCUUGUUCACAUCAGUGGGGUACAUAUUUUACCGUGGCCAGAAACUUUUCGAAGUUCAAUACCUUUUAGAGGAUUCAAAAACACUAUUGGCUGUGUUGGUAUUCGGGUAUCUCUUCGCACCUUUACUACAUCGUCUUACCAAUGCUAUAAGCACUGACACAAUAUUUUCGAUGACGUUCUUUGUUCUACUUCUCAAUCUGAUUUUCUGUGAUUACGGACUAUCAGCGGCAUUGGUAUCAAAAGCGUUAUCAUUGAAUGCAGCAAUAUUUGCAUCCAUUUGCCUCGCGUCUCGACUUUCAACCGCAUUCCAUGCAUUUGUUUUGCUUGUAGAAUCAUCUGUAUUUUUUGUGCUCUAUCCUAUUUUUACAACUCUAUACUGGCGUUGGUACUUUCUCUUGCCAAUUUUUUUGCUUUGUUGUCAUUUACUGUAUAACAUUUCAUUUAAUAUUUUCAUUAUUUACGCUCUUUUUACUGGGUUUAUUAAUAUUGUUUGUCCAUGUAUUUUUGUGGCCCAACAACGAUAUAAAUACAAUAUUCAUGGCCCAUGGGAUGAAGCUAUCGUUGAGGAAAAUACGGACAAUACGAUUAAUGAUAAGUUAUAGUGAAUUUAUUUCAAUCUAAAUGGCAUUGCAAUAAAAAACAGAUUUAAUUCAGAACUUAAAAAAAGUCUUAGUAUUUUUUAUGCGGCCGCUGCAGGCGAGUGCGUGGUUUCGGCCCAAAUAUAAAAAAAUAUAGAAAAUUUAUUUAAAUAAAAAGUUAAACUAAAUUUUCUAAUUGCGGUCGCCCUUCGGCAGGGGAUGUCAACCCCUCCGAUUGUAUUUCUGAUAUGAAAUAAGGUUCCUCAUAAAAAAACCAUCAGCCGUUCAAAUAAUAACAAGACAACGAACCUUUGUGGGUAUCCGUUUUGUGAAAAAUUUAUUAUAAAUAUGUAUGUAUGUAUUUACAACGAAGUUUUAAAUUCAAAUGUCACAAAAGUAAACAUUUUUAUAUUUCUUAAAUCUAAAGUUUACGCACACGUUUAUAUAAUAUUAUAUAUAUACAUACAUCCAUAUAUGUAUGUAUAUCUACUGUAGAACUACCAAUAUCUAAUCCUUAAUAGAAGCAAUUUUGUUCUCAUUUAAGAAUAGUCUAAUAAUGUAACGAUGAAUACUUAAUUGAAAUAGAAUGAAUAAACAAUUUAUAAUUCUUCUACUAAAUUUAGAUGAAGGUUCUUUUAACAUUCACUAAUUGCACCUAUCCAAUUCUGGCUAUUACUUUAACAUAGUACUAACUUAGUCGUUUUUGUAUACAUGUAAUGCUUGCUUAUAAGUGUGUACGAAUUCAUAUACAUACAUAUCAUUAAAAAGUAAAUGCUGCUUUUUAAUCUAUGCGAUUUGAUGUUUUUUCAAUCUUUGGUUCGAUAAUAUGAAAACGAAUUCGUUACAAGAUAAUAGCACUAAUACAAUAAGAAAAUUUUAAUGAUGGAUAAAUUGCCAAUACUUCAAAGAUAUUGAACAAUAAUAAAGGCGAAAUGUAAAUAAAAAA